UACAGACCUGUGGAACCAUAGGCUGCGUUCCAAAAUUCACUGCCAGUACUGAAAACUUAUAGUUUAUGUUACGUAUACUAUAGAUUUUCAGUACUGGCAGUGAAUUUCGGAACGCAGCCAUAGAGAAAGAGAGAGCAAAGCGAUAUCAAGUAAAACCGGGAUACUCGCUCAAAUUUCUUUUUGCUACUAACUCUAAAUUUUCAGAAAAUAUUAGAUAUUUGUAAUCUUAACUAUCAUAUCUAUCGCUAUAUUAUGCCGGUCAUAAGUAGAAUCGUGAAGCCAACCACGCAUAAGGGCAAAAAGGCUAUAUUAAAAAGAGAACCUAAAUUAGUGGAAGAUGCUAAGGAGGCUUUGUGUCUCAAAGGUAAACAUACCUCACAGGUUGCCGUUGAUAUAAUGAAAGAUCUGUAUGAUUUGAAGAAACCCAAUGUACAGAUGAUGCAAAAGAAAAAUGACAUACUGCCAUUCGAAGAUAUCGUACCUCUUGAGAAAUUUGCAUCAAAGUACAAUGCACCUCUUUUCAUAAUGGCAUUGCACAACAAAAAACGUCCACAUAAUCUUGUGAUGGGUCGAUUGUACGAACAUACGUUACUAGAUAUGAUAGAGUUUGGAGUAGAAAAUUAUAAAGGAUUGAAGGACUUUAAGAUUGCAAAAAUUUCUUCUGGAAUAAAACCACUAUUGAUCUUCAAUGGUGAACUCUUUGAAAACAACUAUGAGUAUGGCAGAAUUAAGAACUUACUCAUUGAUAUGUUUCAACGAGAAGCAGUUGAAAAAAUCAGACUACAAGGUCUUGAACAUGUUUUAAGUUUUACAGCUGUUGAGAAUAAGAUACUUCUACGUAGUUAUAGAAUACUUUUGAAGAAAUCCGACACAAAGAUACCUCGAAUAGAACUGGAGGAAAUAGGACCGCGUGCAGACUUGCUGUGCAGGCGUAACAAGUUUGCGUCUGAAGAUUUGUUCAAGCAAGCCUGCAAGAAACCCAAAGCACUCAAGGUCAAGAAAAAGAAGAAUAUUUCCGAAGAUACACUCGGCACUACGUACGGCCGUGUACAUGUCGGCACGCAAAACAUCAAUAGCAUUCAAACAAGGAAGAUGAAGGGCUUGAAGAAGACAAUGUCAGAGAAGAAAAGUAGUCAAAAGAGAAAAGUUGAUAAUAGUAACGAGAACGUGAAGAAACUAAGAACUACAGAUUCUAUUGAUUAAUUGACAAUUUGUGACUGUUAAUUUAUACUAAAUCUCUAUGAACUGUAAAAAUUACCUUAAUACAUUUUUAUUUUAUUUUAA